AUGGCUAAUCCUAACUCUCCUGUAUCAACUUACAUCAAUGCUGAUGGAAAGCUGUCAAGCUCAAUAUCAUCCUUUCCUCUGGCAAAUGCUCUACCAAAUGUCAUGUCAAAUUGGGAGAGAAGAACUACGCCUACUAGAAAUCACAAACAUGUAGCAAAUUGUGAAACAACCUUUGAUCUUUGGAAAACUUUAGAAAUGCACUUUCUUAUUGAUUCAAAAGCCAGAAUAUUGCAUCUGCGAAACCUUCUACAAACUACUAGAAAAGAAAAGUUGAGCAUCAACGAUUAUGCACGAAAAAUUAAAGAAGUUGCUGGAUCAUUAACUGCGAGUGGAGUAGUUGUUAAUGAUGAAGAGCUACUUAUGUAUAUUCUUGAUGGCCUAGGAACCGAAUAUGAUGCGGUUGUAGCAAAUUUAACCUCUCGAAGUGGAGAUGUUUCUCUUCAAGAAGCGCAAUUCCUGUUACACAAGCAUGAGAUGAGAUGA